CGUUGGGGGGCGGCGCCCAGAUCCGUCCCCGUCCCCCGCCAGCGGCCGGUCCCUCUGGUCCCUGUCCGGUCCCGCCUGAGGGUCCCACGCCAUGAGCUCCACGCAGUUUAACAAGGGCCCGUCCUACGGGCUCUCGGCAGAGGUGAAGAACCGGCUCCUGUCUAAAUAUGACCCCCAGAAGGAAGCCGAGCUCCGCAGCUGGAUUGAGGGACUGACAGGCCUCUCCAUCGGGCCUGACUUCCAGAAGGGUCUGAAAGAUGGGGUUAUCCUGUGCACACUCAUGAACAAACUACAACCAGGCUCUGUCCCCAAGAUCAACCGGUCCCAGCAGAACUGGCACCAGCUAGAAAACCUGUCCAACUUCAUCAAGGCCAUGGUGAGCUACGGCAUGAACCCUGUAGAUCUGUUUGAGGCCAACGACCUGUUCGAGAAUGGGAACCUGACACAGGUGCAGGUGUCUCUCCUGGCACUGGCAGGGAAGGCCAAGACCAAGGGUCUGCAGAGCGGGGUGGACAUUGGGGUCAAAUACUCGGAGAAGCAGCAGAGGAACUUUGAUGAUGCCACCCUGAAGGCUGGCCAGUGUGUCAUCGGGCUGCAGAUGGGGACCAAUAAGUGUGCCAGCCAGUCAGGCAUGACAGCUUAUGGUACCAGAAGGCAUCUUUAUGAUCCCAAGAACCACAUCCUGCCACCCAUGGACCACUGCACCAUCAGCCUGCAGAUGGGGACAAACAAGUGCGCCAGCCAGGUUGGCAUGACAGCUCCAGGGACCCGCAGACACAUCUACGACACGAAACUGGGCACAGACAAGUGUGACAGCUCCUCCCUGUCGCUGCAGAUGGGCUACAGCCAGGGUGCCAACCAAAGCGGCCAGGUCUUUGGUCUGGGGCGGCAGAUCUAUGACCCCAAGUACUGCCCACAGGGCCCAGCGGCCGAUGCUCCAUCAGGGGGCGAAGGCCCAGGUGAGACCCCCGAGUUCCCUGCCUACUACCAGGAAGAAGCCAGGUACUGAGUACCACAGGUGCCAGUACCCCAUAUCAGCAUCCUGUGGGGAUAUUUGGUUUUUCUGUGUUUUUCUGGUCUUUUUUUUGUUUUAUUUUUUUUGUUUGUUUUUUGAGACUGGGCCUCACUAUGGCCUGGGACUCACAGCAAUCCUCCUGCCUCAGUUCUCUGAGGUCUGGGGUGACAGGUCUGUGUUAUCUGGGCCUGACUUUUUUCUCCCAUCAUCCUUUGCUUCCUUCCCAGGGCUAACCCACCAGACAGAGGACCAGGGUGGGAGUCCCUGUGAGAGAGCCAGGCUGUGGGUUUCCCAGCAGGCUAUGGGGUGGGCAAGCUUUGUGUGUUUUGGAGGGUGAGAUUAGCCCUUAUAGUUUCUGGUUCCUUCAUCUCUUCCGCACUAGUUUGUGGUUUAUGAACCCACAGAAACUUAAGGCAGUUUCGAGAAAAGAAAAAAGUGUGGUUUUUGUUUUAACCCUCCAGGGAAAGGAGUGGAGGGUGCAGUGCUGCAAGAUGCACCCAAGGCCUUAGAGUGUUCAAGAGGUUGGGGAGCUGUGUUGGUUUCCCUAAGACUCACAGACUUGGGGAAAUUGAGGUCCCUCUGGGUUUGGAACCUCACAAGCUCUCCUGUUUGCCCUGUAACUGUCCUGGACCCACCCCACCCACAAGUGCUGCACGUGACCCACCCCUAGGGGCUCCCUGCACCCAGAAGAUAAUGUGAAAAAAACCCUUGUGGACCAAAACCAAUAAAAACCUCCAUUUUUAACAGA